AUGGCACAGACCAACAGCGGUGGGCAGGGAACCAACGGGGUAGCGGAUGAGUCCCCCAACAUGAUAGUGUACAGAAAGAUGGAGGAGGUAAUAGCACGCAUGCAGGAUGAGAAAAAUGGCAUCCCAAUCCGAACAGUGAAAAGUUUUCUAACCAAGAUCCCCAGUGUUUUUUCAGGUUCUGAUAUUGUUCAGUGGAUGAUCAAGAAUUUGGACAUUGAGGAUCAAGUGGAGGCUCUUCACCUAGGAACUCUGAUGGCUGCACAUGGCUACUUCUUCCCCAUCUCAGACCACGUCCUCACUCUCAAAGAUGACGGCACUUUCUAUAGGUUUCAGACUCCAUACUUUUGGCCAUCAAACUGCUGGGAACCAGAAAACACAGACUAUGCUGUUUACCUCUGCAAAAGAACAAUGCAAAAUAAAGCACGUCUGGAGCUUGCAGACUAUGAAGCGGAGAGCUUAGCAAGGCUACAGAGAGCUUUCGCCAGGAAAUGGGAGUUCAUUUUUAUGCAAGCAGAAGCACAAGCGAAGGUGGACAAGAAAAGAGACAAAAUUGAGAGGAAAAUUCUCGACAGUCAGGAAAGAGCAUUCUGGGACGUGCACAGACCAGUGCCUGGAUGUGUGAAUACAACGGAGGUUGACAUAAAAAAGUCCUCCAGAAUGAAAAAUCCACACAAAACCAGAAAGUCUGUGUAUGGGCUGCAGAAUGACAUCCGUACCCACAGCCCAACCCACACCCCUGCCCCAGAGGCCAAGCAGCCAACAGAAGAAGAACUGCAGGAACAGAUCACCUUUUGGCAAUUGCAAUUAGACAGGCAUCGACUGAAAAUGUCCAAAGUGGCAGAGAGUUUGCUGGGCUACACAGAGCAGUACGUUGAAUACGACCCUUUCCUCACGCCUCCAGAUCCUUCCAACCCGUGGAUCUCAGAUGAUACCACACUCUGGGAGCUCGAAGCCAGUAAGGAGCCAGGCCAGCAGAGGGUAAAGAGGUGGGCUUUUGGCAUCGACGAGGUUCUCAAAGAUCCUGUGGGGAGAGAGCAGUUCCUCAAGUUCCUGGAAUCUGAGUUUAGCUCAGAGAAUCUCAGGUUCUGGCUAGCAGUCCAAGAACUGAAGAAACGUCCCAUCAGAGAAGUGCCAACUCGGGUUCAGGAGAUCUGGCAGGAGUUUCUGGCCCCCGGAGCGCCCAGUGCCAUCAAUGUGGACUCCAAGAGCUACGACAAAACCACCCAGAAUGUCAAAGAUCCCGGACGCUACGCCUUUGAGGAUGCACAGGAACACAUCUACAAGUUGAUGAAGAGUGAUUCUUACAGCCGUUUCAUCCGUUCCAGUGCCUACCAGGAGUUAUUACAGGCCAAGAAGAAGGGGAAACCACUAACAUCCAAGAGGCUGACCAGUCAUGUGCCAUCAUGCUAAAAUCAAUGCCAUCUCUCUCUCUGGGACAUGGAGAGGGGGACCAUCUCAUCUCUUCAUCAACGUUGUCCGUCCAUCCACUCUUGGCUCAGCCGGGCGAUGAGCCGGGCCGUCUGUUCAUCUCUUGUCCACCGGAUGU